GGUGAUGAAGAGCAUACUAUUGUAUGUGAUGAAUGUCAAUAUUAUUUUCAUUUCUAUUGUUUAUCGCCUCCAAUCACGGAACUUCCAAGUGAUGAAUGGUAUUGUCGAGAUUGUAAACAUAAAAAUGAAGGGGUUGUAAUAGCUGGGCAAGGAUUGGAUCUUAAAAAGUCAAGAAAAUCAAAAAUGCCAUCGGCUACUCAAACCAAGAAAUGGGGAGGAGGUAUGGCUUGUGUCGGGCAAUCCAAAAAAUGCGAAAUAGUGGAUCCCGACCACUUUGGACCAAUCCCAGGCGUCCCAGUUGGAUCGUCUUGGAAAUACAGGAUAUUUUGUUCUGAAGCAGGAGUUCAUCGUCCACCCGUUGCUGGUAUUGCUGGAAAGUCCAGCGUUGGCUCCGUUUCUAUUGUACUUAGUGGUGGAUACCCUGAAGAUACAGACUAUGGUGACGAAUUUUACUAUACUGGAAGUGGUGGUCGAGAUCUCAAGACCGGUAAUAAACGAAUUGCAGCUCAGACAUUUGAUCAAAUUUUGAAUAAAAAUAAUGAAGCUUUAGCCAGGACUUGCGAUACUACGAUUGAUAAUAUAAAUGGAGGCAUUGCGAAAAACUGGAAAAAGAGCUUACCGGUUCGAGUUUGUCGCUCCUCAAAAUUAGCAAAGCAUAAUCCAAAAUUCGCACCAGAAGAAGGGAUUAGAUAUGAUGGAAUCUAUAAGCUG